AUGUCUUUUCGAAGAACUUCGCCGCCUAAACGGCUCCCAUCGCGCUGCGCUUCGGGUAUUCGACCGCCGCCGGAUGUUCCCACCUACCGAGCAUCCCACAGUCAAUCAUCCAAACGAAAUUACAGUGAUAGCUAUAAGAAUAGCAUUAACAAAACCCCAGGUUCUUCUGGACGAUUUGUAUUGGCACCACAGUUAUCACCUAUUCAGAUGACAGAACAGCAGCGAAAAUAUGAAGUUAAUGGAAAUUGUCGAGAGGAAAAUAGUGAUCGCCGACAACUGACAUUUCUUGAGAAGGAUUCUUCUCCAUUCCCUAGAACACCAUUAAUGGAGUAUAGUGUUAAUUCUUCACUAAAGAAGAAAUAUAAUUCAAAUGGAAUUUACAGUAAUGAGGCUAAAAAACCAUCACGAAAUGUUUACCGAGUUCCUCUAGACGGAUCGAAUAAAAUGUCCGAUUUGAAUUUUGUAGGGUACAACAUUCUCAAAAAUAUAAAAGUAACUGGAAUUGUAGAUGUAACGCCAAGUCAGUGGCGUUUAGAUAUUGAUCCUCUCUCUCACUGUGUAGAGAUGCAGGUUAGGAAUAUAGACCCAAAUGUCUACCCAAUGCGCCGUCUUUGUCGUUUAAUUCAAAAGAAAAUGACUCAUCGAGAAGGUAAUGAUAAUGUAGAUACCUUUCAAAGGUCACAUCCAAGGCGUGGAUCAUUGAUUAUUAACAAGAAAGAAAAUGAUCACUUGCAAUUUUGGGGUAAUCUUCCUAAUACAAUUCUUUUACGGGGAUCAACUGCUUUAGCUGAUGUGAUAAAUGUAGAUAAACUCCCCUCAGAGUGUAAUGAUGAUGAUAAUAAUAAUGAUGGUAAUAGUAGUAGUGGUGAAACUGUGGUAUAUUUUCGUUGGAUUGAAGGACCUCCUAUAGAACUGAUUGUGGAUGCUAACUCUGUCACUUCUGAGGACCAAGAGAGCGAAAAAAAUUAUGAUUAUAAUGAAAAUAAGGAUGAUAUACUCAGUGUUAAUAAACCAGUACCAUCAUCAUUGAAUUCCCAAGCUCAAAUGGGAAACGGAAAGAAUAAUUGUAUUUAUCAUGAUCAUGAAGAUAAUAACUAUAAUGAUCAAAACAUAAUUCCUCCAGUAUCUGAAGGAAGUUAUAUGAAAGAUGGUAAUAAUCAUACCCAUAUCGAGUCCACUAAAAAAGAAGGGGAUAUUUCCAGUAAUAACAUUGUACAUUCUACAGCUCCUAUUGCUAUUUCUCCCAUAACGUAUCUACAGGGUCCAUCCAUUUUGUACCGAGAUCCUUGA